CGCGCGAAACUUUCUUCUGUGUUUAUUUAUUUGAAAAUGGCGAUUCACAUACAAAACGGGAAAAAUGGUCUUAAAACAAAUAGAGAACUAACGAAAGAAAUUCAUAGUAUUCCUCUUAAAAUUCAUGCAGAUUGUGAUGCCGAAGUUUCUAAAUAUUUCUUGCAAAAAAAAUCAGAAGCUGGUUUAAAAUAUGCCUCAUUCAGGGGAUACCCACUAAUAGGCAAAGAGUUAAGUCUUCCACAAGGUUAUAAAGGUUUAGUGUUACACGAGACAGUAAAACCUUCUACUGAAACUGAGGAAAGAAAAUUUUAUGUGCUCCAUACCUUUGAUGAUUUUACCUAUUGGAAUUGGGGAAAAAUUCCUAGUCAGAAUGAUACCCUAGUUCAAGCUAUGGAAUGGAUAGAUAUAGCAGAAGCACUUCAUAGUCCUAUAGAUGAAUAACAAGCCGGUAAUAUCGUAUAGAUCCAAUUGGAAUCAAACACCAAAACUGUUAUUUGUGCCUUAUUAAAUUGAUUGUUAAAAAUUAUUUUUCCUAUACCUCUAAUAAAGAUAUAAUUUCUCAUUGAA